AUGGUCCCCGACGUCGCAUCCCGCUCGUCAACGGGGAGUGGGGGAUGGCGGAGGAUCCAGCCUGGAGUUGCUUCGACAUGUGUGUGUGCACUGAGGACCACCCUUUGUUUAAACCCACGCCGCUGCCCACCUGAAGUCGAGGUUGUUGAUCCUGGCGAUCCCUCGAGCAACAUCUCCGUCCUUUUCCGCUCACUCUGUCUUCUUCGCCUCCGUCAUUGUCGCUACCGUCGCUACGCUUUUGCACUAGGCAUCCAGUACCGCUCGCCAGUCAUGCCUGUUCUCGAUGCGCGGCUCAUCCAGGCCGGAGUUGUGGAGGUUGGCCACGAGUUGAUGAAGAGGAGCGUCGACCACACCGUGCUGGAGACGCUGGCCGUGGGUGAGUUCCUUCGCAUGGGCGAGGUCAAGUUUCGGUUUGCGCUAACAUGCUGCUCCACAGCGGGAACGGGUAUCUUUGGGGUUGGAGGAUUCAUCUACUGGAUCAACCACCGAUCCUUCAUUCCUCAGAACCAACCACCCCAAGGCUCUAUCAAACCGAACGUCGAGGAAAAGUAG